GCGGGCGGGAGCGGGAGCUCCGCGCACGCACCGGGUCGGCCCAGCGAGCGAGCGAGGAGGAGGGAAACUUGGGAGGCGAGGCGCAGAGGCGGAGGGAUUUGCGCAUCAAAGCGAGCGAGGAGAGCAAAGUUUGGAUCAGGGGUUGGACUUUCCUUCCCAGCAGCGGCACCCAAAUAGCUACCCCGCGCGGAAACCCAAACUUUUCUCUGCCACUCGACUCACCCGGCCGAUACCUCCGCCCGGCGUUCCGGGCCUGCCCGACCCGGCGCCGCUGUCGUCCUCCUGCCCGUCUCCCUCGCCUUCUCCCAGCCGUGGGAGCCGCUUGGGGCGCAGGGCCGCGCGCCGAGCCCCGCAGGCUGCAGCGCCGCGGCCCGGCCCGGCGCGCGAGAAAGUUCGCCCAGAGUUGAGGCGAAGUUUGGGCGGCCGCGGCCGGCCUCGGCAGAGCUCCCCUCUGCGCCCCCGGCGUACCGCCGCGCCCAGCCCCGCCGGGGGCGCCCCUCGCCGCGCCCGCGCGCCCUCCCCAGCCAUGUCGUCCAUCCUGCCCUUCACCCCCCCGAUCGUGAAACGCCUGCUGGGCUGGAAGAAGGGCGAGCAGAACGGGCAGGAGGAGAAGUGGUGCGAGAAGGCGGUCAAGAGCUUAGUCAAGAAGCUCAAGAAGACGGGGCAGCUGGACGAGCUGGAGAAGGCCAUCACCACGCAGAACGUCAACACCAAGUGCAUCACCAUCCCCAGGUCCCUGGAUGGCCGGCUGCAGGUGUCCCAUCGGAAGGGGCUCCCCCAUGUCAUCUACUGCCGCCUGUGGCGAUGGCCCGACCUGCACAGCCACCACGAGCUGCGGGCCAUGGAGCUGUGUGAAUUCGCCUUCAACAUGAAGAAGGAUGAGGUCUGCGUGAAUCCCUACCACUAUCAGAGAGUGGAGACACCAGUUCUACCUCCUGUGUUGGUGCCGCGCCACACAGAGAUCCCGGCCGAGUUCCCCCCGCUGGACGACUACAGCCAUUCCAUCCCCGAAAACACUAACUUCCCCGCGGGCAUCGAGCCCCAGAGCAAUAUUCCAGAAACCCCACCCCCUGGUUACCUGAGUGAAGAUGGAGAAACCAGUGACCACCAGAUGACCCACAGCAUGGACGCAGGUUCUCCAAACCUGUCCCCGAAUCCGAUGUCCCCAGCACACAAUAACUUGGACCUUCAGCCAGUCACCUAUUGCGAGCCUGCCUUCUGGUGCUCCAUCUCCUACUAUGAGCUGAACCAGCGUGUUGGGGAGACGUUCCAUGCCUCACAGCCAUCCAUGACAGUGGACGGCUUCACCGACCCCUCCAACUCAGAGCGCUUCUGCCUCGGGCUGCUCUCUAACGUCAACAGGAACGCUGCAGUGGAGCUCACUCGGAGGCACAUUGGGAGAGGCGUGCGGCUCUACUACAUCGGAGGGGAAGUCUUCGCAGAGUGCCUCAGUGACAGCGCGAUUUUUGUCCAGUCUCCCAACUGUAACCAGCGCUAUGGCUGGCACCCAGCCACCGUCUGCAAGAUCCCACCAGGAUGCAACCUGAAGAUCUUCAACAACCAGGAGUUUGCUGCCCUCCUGGCUCAGUCCGUCAACCAGGGCUUUGAGGCUGUCUACCAGUUGACGCGGAUGUGUACCAUCCGCAUGAGUUUUGUCAAAGGCUGGGGAGCGGAAUACAGGAGACAGACGGUGACCAGUACCCCCUGCUGGAUUGAGCUGCACCUGAAUGGUCCUUUGCAGUGGCUUGACAAAGUACUCACCCAGAUGGGCUCCCCAAGCAUCCGCUGUUCCAGUGUGUCUUAGAGACAUUGAGUGUGA